GACAAUGACACGUAGAUGCAUAUUCAAUUAUCCAGUAUACACUCGCAGAUUUUGAAAUGGCAUAAUAUUGUGAUAUAUGUACCUGUACAAAAGUAUGCGCGCAUGUUGAUACCAUAGAAGGAUGUCGCUUUCAAAAUAUUUAACAGGGUACAUAUCUGACACUGAAAGUGGGGAAAUAACUUCGACCGAUGAUGAAGAAGAGAUUACACCUAAGCCUGCAAGUUAUUCACCCGCAACUGAGUUUACCUUAAAUUUCUCUGCGCACUUGUCAACUUCUUUAUUUAAUGUGCUGCCAUAUCAUUCCGUUAUCUUUGAUAUUGUGGAUUCGAACAAAACUUAUGCCUACAAUGAGACAACGGGACGAUUUACUGCACCGUUUAAAGGAAUAUAUAUCUUUUUUAUUACAAUCACCAGCACUGAAACACUGAAAUCGUCGUUUUGCUUUAUACACAUGUUCACGCCAGUUUUUCAAGCAAAAGUGAAAACACUGGAGGAGCAAGUUGAUGGAUUUAACACAAAAACAAUGGCAGUUGUACUCAACCUAGAUAAACGCGAAAAAGUUUGGGUCAUGAAUGAUACAAAGACUUCUGAAGCAAAUCAAAUGCUGGAGCCUUAUUAUGCAACAUUUUCUGGAGGAUUAAUUGAAGCACAGGGUACAUUGUGAUUCCUGUUGGAACGAUAGGAAAAUAAAAUGUUUUGUAGAUUAAAAUGGCACAUUCUAUUCUCUCUAUACAAUAGGAAAAUAAAAUGUUGUGUAGAUUAAAAUGGCACAUUCUGUUCUCUCUAUCCGCAUUUUUGUACAGAGGGACCAUUUUACGGUUACAAACACCAUAUUAUUAAAGUUAUACAAUGUAGUCUGAAAACCGCCUUUGUAACUUAAUUUCUGCGCUGACAUCAUCCAUAGCAUGAACAUAAUUUUUGCCUACAUCGGAUAAGAUGUCGAUCUUUUUAAUACUGUCUUGGGGAAACAUUUGAUAUUUAUAUUUUAUCAAAUUGCGAUUUUGUUUAAUAUGGCGGCGAUUCAUUUUUACGCUGUUUUUUUUGCUCUUAUCAAUUGAAUUGAACAAUAAAUUGUGAACUGCAGUUUCAAUGCAAAGACACCACCAAGCGUAGAAAUGAAUCGAUGCGAUAUUGGAUGCAAUUUUAGUCAAUUUACACGUGUACAAUUAUGCAAUUUGAUAUUAAAUAUUCGUUGUCGUUUGUAUUCAUUGCUGGGAACUAAACUUCCAUUAAUAAUAGAGUGACAUUUUGUUACUCAGUGUCCGAAGUAUCUAAAUGUAUUUUCUGUCUAUACCUCCUUAGCUAUUAAACGUAAAUUACAUGACAAACACUGAAAUGCAUGAUUUGCAUGCGAUUUAAACUGCCUUAUGUUAUGGUAUCUGCUCUUAGUCCAAGAUCAGUGGCAUAAAGUCCGUUUUGAGUGCAGUUAGCCGGCUAAACAAUCCCUGACUACGUCAUGUCAAAGCGGUGGAAAGGAGUAUUAAUAGCUGCCAGCCUCACACUCGAUACUCAAACCGUUAUAUCAGAAGUUUAGUAUCUAUUAAUCGAUUAGCUCCUUAAAUAUCUGAAAAUGUAAUCUGUCUUUAUGCUGAUGAAUUAAAUCUCAUUGGGAAUACUGGCAUUUUACUGUUAUUUCUGGUAUCCAUCUUUCCAAAAUUGUUCUCGGAAUUCAUUAGAAUUUGAUUACAUACAACAACAAAAAACACGAUUAAAUGAAAUAAAAUCUUCCGUUUCGUAAUUACAAAAUCAGCAAACUUUUUAAGCAAAGAAGCAAUCUUUCUGUUUUUGAGGAAAAAAAAGUUUAUUAAUGAGGUUUAAGAAGUAUUUCAUACAAUACUUAUUGCAGUUUAAAUAGACGUGGUAUGAUUUUUCGACUCUGUCGAACAAUGCGUGUUCUUUUCCGUGAACAUCACAAUAAUAACAAAAGAUAUGUAAAAAAUCGAAUUACAGGAUAUAAGUAUUCAAUAUAUUUGCAUAACUGAGCAAUUGAUUUUAUUUCUUAAGAUAAAAUUGUGCCAACGAUCUCAAAAGUUUCAAACAAUAUGUAUUUACAGCACUAAACGUUCUCUCGACUGAGUAUUAUUAAAUAUCUUUAAUUAAUCGUCAUUCGUUUCAGUUCCUUCUGAGUACCAGUGCCAAGCAGU